AUGAUUAAGAAUAAAAUCAAAACAAGUCAGAUGCAGUAUUCUAUUACUGCAUAUAAGCAGAUUCAGUUUCAUCAAAUAAUAGUCAAGCUUGAGAUCAAGAUCAUAACUCAUGAUUAUAAUUAUCUUGCUGCAAGUUUAAUGAAAGAUAACAAUAGUCUAUCUGUCUUAGAGAAGAUGAAGAAAGAUGAUUUCAAGAUUGUGGUAUUCUCUAAUAAGAAUAAUAAGAACAACAAGAUGAAUGAUAAUUAA